UACUUUGCGCAUUUAGUUGGUUAUGUAGUUUUCCAUUUUAAGUUGCAUAAAGUCUUCAUGUUGCAUUAAUCUUUAACAAGCUUUAAAAUGAAUCCAAAUAAUAUACCGAUCGGCAAACGUAGAAAACCACUUGGCCGUGGAGAACCUUUGCGAGGGGGUAACCUCGGGUCAUCUAGAGGUUCAAGAAGAUUGAACUCGCAGGCUUUAGGGGGCUCACACAAUCCUUCCGACCCUACGAAUCAUGUCAAAAGUGCACCUCAGGUUCCAAGAGCGUCCUUCAAACUCCGGAAAGCGAUUAUACCCAAACAUGCUCUCAGCUUACUUACAGAACUUACAACUUCAUCUCAACAAAAACCAAGAUUUGAAUUCUACGAUAUUCCUGAGGUUGAGAGAGAGAGAAGAGCAUCAUUUAAUGAUAUUAGAAUUGAUCAGGUUGGAAAUUUUGACUGUAUUUGUAUUCUAGGACCUGAUCAAUAUAUAGGAGAAGGACCAACUAAGAAUGAUGCCCGGAAUUCUGCAGCAGAGGCUGCGAUUCAAGGAGAAAUCGUUAAUCGUUGCGAACUGAAUUAUGAAAACCGGAAACCUAGUGAAGACCAUUGUCCCUGGGGAGUAAUCGCUAGCCUAGCACUGUUUAAAAUGUAUGAGGCCUGGAAGCUGCAGGGAUACUCUAUACCUAAGGAGCUUCAGUAUGUAACGACGGAGGACACCUUGAAGCGGUCCAAUACCAGCACCUGGAUGGACAAGGAUACAGGUGGGAGACCUGCCUUGGCCAUAUUCAACGAGAAAGUGUUGCAAUCCAAUCACACUCACGAGUUCAGCCAGGUGGAGGAGACUGGACAACCCAAUGAUAAAAACUUCACGUUCAGACUGAGUAUCGGAGACCAGUGGAGCUACCUCGGGACCGGGAAAAGUAAAAAGGCCGCAAAAAAUAACGCAGCUGUUCUAGCGCUUAAGGAAUCAGAUAUAUGGUUCAAACCAAAACGAAGAUGGCAAGAAGAAGAUUACGAUGAGGUAGAAGAAGAAUCUGAAAUUGUAGAAAUUGAGGGAAAAUAUGAAAGAAAAGAACAAAAUGGAAAAGAACAAGAUGAAAAAGAACAAGAUGGAAAAGAACAAAAUGGAAAUGAACAAGAUGGAAAAGAACAAGAUGGAAAAGAAAAAGAUGGAAAAGAACAAGAUGGAAAAGAACUGGAUGAACACGAGAUGGAAAUCUGAUGUUAUGUAUUUUCCUUUUUUUCCUGUUCUUGUUAAUUUGCAUUUCUCAUAAAACUGAUCUUGUUGUUACAGAAA